UCCCAUUAAUAAUGAUAUAAAAGGAGCAGUAAUAGGCCAGUGUCCUCUGUGGGUGACAUCCAGCACACGGUAACUACAGAUAGGGCGGUCAGUGACAGCCCCGCUUCCUGGAGACCGGCCCGGUUACUAGGGGCGCAGAACACAACACACAGCAGCAGCCGGGAAGAGAGUCACAGCCGCCGCCGCCGUCUCCUGUCCGCCUGCUCCAUCCGCUCCGGGAAAAUGAGCCGAGAGGUUCUGGCCGAGCUGCACUGGGCCGAGGGCUUUGCCAUCCCCGUGGCCAAUGACGAGAAUAAAAUGCUGGAGGAGGAGUUACAAAGAAAACAGAAGGAGAAGAUGAAAUUGACAAACAUGAUAAAAGAGAUGGAAGAUCGGAUUCAAGCAAUGGCUGACCACCUUAGAAAUGUCAGACAAGAGCUGAACUACACACAGUCUCUUUGUAGGGCUAGAGAUAAAGAAGUUGAAAGUGAAGAACACUUUAAGACUCUCGCUGAAAGGGAAAUUGGGCGUCUUAAGCAAGAAAUACGUCGUCUUGAAAAUGAUCUGGUGUCCUUGAGAGAAAAGAAAAAUAGUCAAGAAAAUAGCAUAUUCAAGGCUACACAAAAACUGGAGAACUUGAAAUGUAAACUUAACUGGGACCAGCAAGCCCUAGAGGCUUGGCUUGAAGAAUCUGCUCGUAAAGAUGAAGAUGCUGUGGCCAUUCAGAAGUAUGCACAAAAGGAUGAAGGAAAAAUUAAAGAACUGUCACUGCAGAUUGAAAGGCUGACUGUGGCCUCUAACCAGAAACGCAAACUUUUGGACAAUGAGAUGACGGAGACUAUCACUACACAGAUUGAACUUGACAAAGCAGCUGAAGAUUUCCGCACAGCCCACUCAGAGAGACAACAGCUGAUCCAACAGUGGGAAAACACCAUUGAUCAGAUGCAGAAAAGAGAUAGAGAAAUUGAUCAGUGCACAUUGCAAUUGGCCCAGAUAAAACAGGAAUUGCGAGAAAAAGAAAAUAUUAUAAAAGAGAAAAUCCAAUUCCUGAACAGUGAAAUAGAGAAUAACAAGGAAUAUGAGAAGAAAAUUUCCAAAGUAGAAAGAAAGGCUGCCAGACUGAGGCAGGACUAUCAGGAGCAAGAGACCAUUCAAAGUCAACUACAAGAUGAGCUGGAUACACUUAAAGGGACUGUUGAUAGGACAGCUACUGAAUUAGAAGUUAUGCGGGUUCAAGUUAACAACCUUAAGAAAGAGGUCCGGAAAAAGAAUGAAAGGCGUAUUCAGGCUCAAGAAUAUAAUGAAGGUUUGGCUGACAAAUUAAAUGAUGUGACAGAUUCGGCUCUGAGCGUGGAAGAAAGGGCACAACGUGUAGAGGAAAUGCUGAAGGAACAGGAGAAAACAGUAAAGGAUCUUGAAGCCCAGCUAAAACAGAUAAGAGAGCAACAUUUCAAGAAAUCACAGGAGCUGCAUGAGCACAAGACAAAAGAAAAGCACAUGAUAUCAGAAAUUAAUGGAAGCCAAGUCUCGCUGAGAAACCUUAAUAGUCAACUGCAAAAACUUGACCUGCAUGCUUUAAAGCAACAGGGGAUCAUUUACAAUCAGGAUUUCCAGAUACAGCAAUUGGAACGCAAGCUAGCAAGGUUAAAAGGGGAAGUCAACACAGAUGAAAAACAAGCCCUGGAAAAAAAAGUAGCUGAUCUCAGUGAAACCUUUGAUGAGCGAAAAGCUGCCCUUAAUAUCCUAAAUUCUCAGCACAAGAAACUGCAGGCAGAUGCUCGUAACAUCAAACGGGAGCUGGAAACAACUGGCCAAGAGAAGGAGAACCUGAUCAGCAAAAUGGAAGAACUUAAACUGUUCAACAGUAUGUCCGAUAAAGAACUAAAAAAACUCAGGACAUCCAAACAAGAUUUAAUGGUUGAAGACAAUAUGCUUAAACUGGAACUCAAGCGAAUGAAAGACAUGCUGUACAAUAAAGCGGAUGAUGUGUUCUCCUUGGAAAAACGCAAGUUGCAGUUGCAGGCAGCUAUGAAAGAACGGGCCCAAGAGAUAUCAAUACACAAAGAGAUGCUGAAAUCUCAGAUACGGCUUGCAGACCAGGAAAGACAGACUAUAAGUCUAGAACUUCAUGAGAGAAUGGCAAAAGUUGAUAAAAUGAGAAAAAGAUUUGAAAUAAUUACUAUUGCAAUGAUGCCACCUGAAGGUGAAGAGGAGAAGUCACAGGCAUAUUAUAUCAUAAAGGCUGCACAAGAAAAGGAAGAACUUCAGAGGGUUGGUGAUGAGCUGGAUGCUAAGAUUCGCAAGUCCGAAAAGGAAAUUGGUGCUUUAGAAAACACCCUUCAGGUCAUAAAUGGCUGUAACAACUCCUAUAGGAAAUCCUUUAACAAAGUGACUGAAACUAGUGAAGAGUAUGAAGCAAAACUUCAACUAGAAGAGCAAAAGAAAGCUGCUGAAGAAAAGUACAGGUACAAGAGGAGGCAGAUAAAGGAGAUUCAGGAAGACAUACAGAUUAUGAAAAACACCUUUGAUAGCAUGAUGAAAGAGGAAUCGUCGUACCAGGAGAAGGUGAAUGAAAUGCUUCCUUGCAUUACACAGCUUAACAAAGAGACAGAGGAUCAAAAGACCAAGUUGGAGAGAGUCAUGAAACAGUGUUCCAAGCUGGUAAAAGAAAUCCGCUCUGCAAAGAAAAGCAAAGGAGAAACCCAGGAUGAACGUGAUAUUACUGUUCGUGACCUGCGAGACUUCAACAAAUCCAUUAAUAAGAUGUUGGCCCGAGCAAUGGAUGAACACCCUGAGCUUACUGUACCUUUACAGAUGUACUUUCAGCAGUUUGGUUUACAAUUACCAACCGGGACUUCAACACCAGGGAGCUCAAGAUCAGGUUCCUCACGAAGUUCAAUAUCCUCUGUCCGAUCAACUUCUUCAAGAGCUUCAACAACCUCAUUACCAUCAUCAAGAGUAAAUGUUGUCGAACUUGGUCUUCCCAUAGCAUCAACAUCUCGCAGCUCAAGUAGAGGAAGUACUCAAAGGAGGCCAAAGUAACAGCACUAUAAAAGAUAUUCACUUGUUCCAAAAUUUGUGAUCUUAUUGACUAAAAUGUGUACUGUGGAAUAAAUAACCUAUCCGUAAGUGGUUUAUUUAGU